AUGUCUGCUAUCAAGACGGUCGGCAUCGUCGGUACCGGCGUCAUUGGCGCUUCGUGGACCGCCCUCUUUCUUGCACAUGGUUUGCAAGUCCUUCCUGAUCUCAAAAAGCUUGGUUUAGCAUCCAACGCCUCUCUCGACAAUUACAUAUCUGUGGGAGCCAGCCUUAAGGAUCACUACGCCGAGCUUGAUCUCGUCCAAGAAAAUGCGACCGAGAGGGUCGAUCUCAAGACCAAGUUGAUAGCUGAGAUUAAUACCGGCACCCGACCUGAAGUGAUCAUCGCCUCGUCGUCUUCAGGAUUGCCCAGUUCCAAAUUCAUUGGAGAGUGCAGGCAGAAUCCCGGCAGAGUGUUAAUUGGCCAUCCUUUCAACCCACCUCACCUUAUGCCUCUGGUCGAGGUGGUGCCCAACCCUCAAGCCGCAAAGGAAAAUGUUGACGCAGCUGUCGCAUUCUACAAAUCUCUCGGCAAGAAUGCCGUAGUGAUUAAUCAGGAAAUCCUAGGCUUCGCCGCGAACCGUCUGCAGGCUGUCUUGUGUACUGAGGCUUACUCUCUGGUUAGCAGAGGAAUUAUGUCUGCGAAGGAUCUCGAUCUUUGCAUGACUAGCAGUCUUGGUCCCCGAUGGGCGCUCACGGGUCCAUUGAUGUCGACCGCGAUGGGAGGUGGAGGCGGUACCGAUGGCUUCAGACAUCUACUGGAGCACUUGGGUCCUGCAAGUAAGGUUUGGUUGGAAGACAUGAAGCAGCACGCCUUCACCUAUGAUAAGGAUGAUCUUGAUGCUCUUAGUACAAGCGUUGGCAAAGAGCUUCAAGGCAAAGACGUCAAGGCGCUUGAAGCCAAGCGUGACAGUAAGCUCGCAUCUCAUUGA